UAGUUGAGGAGCCAAAAUAAAAAUUUUACACGAAAACAGUAGUUAUUUCGGCCAACUCGGCUUUUCAUCGUAUACCGAACAGCGCCCUCUUCCAGACUCGUCUCUCUUCGCCCUAUCGUAUCCCAGUCAGCUCAUUUCUGCUCACGUCUCUCCUCCUCUUCCUCCGAUCCCUGACCCAAGCCCCCUCUUCCACUCAAGUUUCCGACGAACCCAACCAAAGACCCGGAUAUUAAAUAAAGACUAUGUUGUCUUCGGAUGGCUCAGACAACCAUCCACAGUCCGUUGCUGGUGUAGGCUGGUAUAUACUUGGUGAAGAUCAACAAAACGUUGGCCCUUAUGCAAUUUCUGAGUUACGUGUUCCAGUAAUCAGUAGCAUGGUUUCAGGACAAUUGUUCCAUCUGUAACAUGUUCAAUUGGUCUAAUGAGCUAUUGAACCAUCUGCUUUGCUUAUUUGCUUCGCCUGCACAGAGCAUUUCUUAAACGGAUACCUCACUGAAAGUACACUUGCAUGGUCUGAAGGGAGAAGUCAGUGGCAACCAUUGUCCUCAAUUCCCGAGUUUGUUUCUGUAAUUUCUCAUCAGGCCAACAAUUUUUCUGCUACAGGUGAUGAUGAUGCUUUCUUGAACAGUAUGAAGGAGGGUGAUAAUUCAAAUGCAGUGCCUUCCAAUGAUGGUGAUGGUAGUGAUGAAUUUGAGAAAUGGCAGAGAGAGAUUAGAGAGGCAGAGGCUGAGACAGAACGUUUGAAAACUGGAUCUGUUUCUAGAAGUACUGGUGAUGCCUUUGGUUUUGAUGAUCAGGAUAGGCCUCUAACACCGCCAGAAGGUGAAGAAGAAUUCACUGAUGAUGAUGGAACCAGGUACAAGUGGGAUAGAAAUCUGCGAGCAUGGGUUCCUCAGGAUGACAUGUCAACAAAAAAUGGGAACUAUGGAGUAGAAGAGAUGACAUUCUUGGAAGAAGAUGAAGUUUUUCCAACUAUAAGUGCUAUUGAUGCUUCUGCUGCUGUUGCUGAUGCUUCUGUUAGAGAAAAUGUUAACGGAGGUGGUGAGCAAACAGAAGUAAACUGUAAUGCCAAGAGAAAACUGUUGGAAAAACCAGUUGAUAAGAAGGAAGCUAAUAAACCUCCCGAUUCUUGGUUUCAACUGAAAGUAAAUACGCAUGUCUAUGUGACUGGACUACCUGAUGAUGUAACUGCAGAAGAAUUGGUUGAGGUUUUUUCCAAGUGUGGAAUAAUCAAAGAGGACCCUGAAACAAAAAGACCUCGUGUGAAGAUCUAUGUUGACAAGGAGACAGGAAGAAAAAAGGGGGAUGCACUUGUUACAUAUCUAAAGGAGCCCUCUGUUGCUUUAGCUGUUCAAAUUUUGGAUGGAACACCUUUUCGUCCUGAUGGAAAGAUCCCUAUGUCUGUAAGCCAAGCUAAAUUUGAGCAGAAAGGGGAUAAAUUUAUAGCCAAGCAAGUGGACAGCAGGAAGAAAAAGAAACUGAAGAAAGUUGAGGAGAGGAUGCUCAGCUGGGGUGGCCGUGAUGAUGCAAAGGUGACAAUUCCAGCCACUGUUGUCCUUCGUAACAUGUUCACGCCUGCUGAAAUGAGGGCGGAUGAAAAUUUGUGUUCAGAGCUGGAGGAGGAUGUUAAAGAGGAAUGCUUAAAGCUUGGUCUUCUGGACUCAGUCAAGGUUUGUUCGAACAAUCCCCAAGGUGUUGUUUUGGUCAAAUAUAAGGACAGGAAGGACGCUCAGAAGUGCAUAGAGUUGAUGAAUGGACGAUGGUUCGGCGGGAGACAGAUCCAUGCAAGUGAAGAUGAUGGAGUGGUUAAUCAUGCUUUGGUGCGGGAUCUGGAUGAGGAUGCCUCUCGACUGGAACAAUUUGGGGCAGAACUUGAAGCCGAGUGAGUUGAGUCAUCCUACUGAACUUGAGGAUGCUUGAAACUUGAUCAGACUUUUUGUUUUGUGCAACUAGUAGCUCUGCCUUUGUAUCAAAAGAAAAUUUAGAGUAUUUAGAUUCAGAUUCCAUAUC